AUGGGAUCCAUCUCCCCAGACGCAAAGCUGCCCUGGAUCAAGACGCCAUGCGUCCUCAGUCCCCAAUUGAGCCGUGUGGCUGGCUGCAACAUCUAUCUCAAACUCGACCUCCUCCAGCCCAGCGGCUCCUUCAAAUCCCGAGGCAUCGGCAACCUCAUGCUCCACGCCGUCGCGGCUAACCCAGACGUUCACUUCUACUGCGUCUCCGGAGGCAACGCCGGCCUCGCCUGCGCCAGCUCUGCCGCCGCCCUCUGCAAACCCGCCACCAUCGUCAUCCCCGUCACCACAUCAGAGAUGUUCAAGAACAAGCUCCUCGACCUUGGAGCUCGUGUCUUCCAGGUCGGCAAGAACUUGACCGCUGCGGAUCUCUAUCUCCGCGAGAACCUCCUCGCCAAGGACCCUCGCGGCGUCUAUGUUCCGCCGUUCGAUCACCCCCAUAUCUGGGAUGGCGCUGCCACCAUCAUCGGCGAGCUGCGGGACCAGCUUGACGUUCCAAUUGACGGCAUCGUCUGCAGCGUCGGCGGCGGUGGCCUGUUUAACGGCCUGAUGCAGGGCAUUGAAAGUUUCCGCUGGUCUGGCCGGAAGCCUCACGUUGUCACCGUCGAAACCGCCGGUGCUGACAGCCUCAAUGCCAGUAUCUUGGCCAACGCCCACGUCACUCUACCUGAAAUCACCUCCAUCGUCACCUCGCUGGGCGUCUCCCGCGUCUCCGAAGAGACAUGGAAGUGGUCUCAAGCACCAAACACCCAGAACGUCGUCGUCUCUGAUGCCGAUGCGGCCGUCAGCUGCGUCCGCUUCGCCGACGAUGCUCGCCUGGUCGUCGAAAUCUCGUGCGGUGCCGCAUUGGCCACGGUGUACCGCGGCGACUUGAGGGAGCGUCUCGGCAAGGGCCUUACGGAUGCUCAAUGGGCGGAGAAGAACAUUGUCAUGAUUGUGUGUGGAGGCUCUGGUGUCUCGCUGAGGACUCUUGACCAGUACCGAGAAGAAUAUGGUCCUCUCACGACCAUCAAGGUUUAG